AUGGCGAGGAGAGGGCAAGCCAGAACCGUGGGCGCCUCCGUCUUCCCGUGCCUCUUCGUUAUCCUGCUGGCCGGGGGGUCCCCAGCGGGUUGUGCUGGAGACGGCGGCUCCGCGUCCCACAGCGCAGCUGGCACCGCAGAGAAGCCUAUCCUACUGAACGACAUCGUGGAUGCCGAAGCCUUCGUCAGCGGUGCAGAGGUGGCGGUCAUUGGAUUCUUCCAGNNNCCGCGGAGCCCCGCAGCGUCCCAGUUUGAGCGGGCGGCCGGCCGCAUCGCGGAGGUUCCCUUCGGCCUCAGCACCAGCCCCGCCGUCCUGUCCCGCUACGGCGUGGCGGCGAACACCCUCACGCUCUUCCGUAGGGUAGACAAUGACCGGAGGGAUCUGGAUAUGAACAGCGAAGAUGUUGAUGCCGAGAAGAUGACUCGUUUCAUUCGGAUGAACGAGCUCCGCCUGGUGACAGAGUACAACCCUGUGACAGCAAUAGGUGUGAUGCAGAGUUCACUCCAGCUUCACCUCCUCCUGAUCACAGACAAGAUGUCCCCAAGGCACCCCGAGCGAAUGCGUAGAUAUCGGGCGGCAGCGGAGCUCUUCAAGGGUAAGAUUCUUUUUAUCCUGGUAGACAGCAAUUUGAAGAGUAAUGAACAAACAGUGUCAUUCUUCAAACUGAAGAAGUCCCAGCUGCCAGCUCUGGCUAUAUUCAACACACCAGAUGAGAAGCAGGAUGUGUUGACUCUGGAUGAAGUCUCUGUUGAGCGUGUACAGGACUUCUGUAAUCGUUUCUUACAAAGAAUGCAGAAGAAAGAAGAUGAACCUGAAGAGAAGACCCUCAAUGAGGAGCUCUGA